UAACACACUGCUAACAGGCUAACAGUCUGAGUGUAAAUAAACAGCAAACAAGAUGGAGGUCGGCAGGAAACAUCAGAGUGAGAUUCAUCAGAGUUAAAACUGUUGGAAAUUGAAUGGAGUCUGGUACAGAGAACCGAGUAUGGAGGAUGAUGAACUUCCGUCAGAGGAUGGGAUGGGUGGGCGUGGCUCUCUACCUGCUGUUCAGCAUCAUGGCGGUGUACUACGUCUUUGAGGUGCACACGCUCAGUUUGGAGCGGGUCCAGAGAGGUGGGUUCAGCCCAUCGGCCCCGCCCCUCGCCAUCACCUGGUCUCACCUGCCGUCGCUCCCUGUGUGGAUGUGGGCGUCGGUCUUCCUGCUGCCGUACCUGCAGCUCUUCCUCUUCCUGUUCUCGUGCACGAGAGCCGACCCCCGAGCUGUCGGUUACUGCGUACUUCCUGUCUGCAUCACCCUGCUGUGCAGCCGCCGCCACGCCUCCCCGACAUCAACCAAUCACAGGGCAGGGUCGGUGAUUGACACGUAGAGAGGACCAAUCACAGAGGCCACGGGGCUCUGGACUGUUUGUGUUUAUGUUGUGAUGUCACUUCCUGUGUGCCUUUUUUAACAGAAACACUCCUGUUGGAUGUUUAACCCUCCACUCUGUCUGUCAGGAACAGGACUGCCCUCAAUCUGGACUGUCAGGAUCAAGAGUACCACCCUGAGCAUUGACUGUCAGGAUCAGCAGGUGUCCUGUGACAGCUGCACCUCCACACUUACUUUGACCAGUUGCCUGAAGCAUUGCUGAUGUUACCAUGGCUAUCUGCAGCUUAACAUUUAGAACAGAGGUAACCUGAUAGUUUCUGGCCAAACAGAGAGUCUGAUUUUCUGUGAUACUUUUCUGUAAUAACACAAAUCACAUGAUAUACACUGGUUACUAUGACAACUUUAAAAACUAAUUAAAAAUCCUUGUAAAAGUCUAAA